AGUGAGAUACUUAUUUGAGGGGAAUACAGAGUGUGAAAAAGGUAAUUCUCAAGCCAAACAAGGUCAGACACACAUCAUGGCCUGUGCCAAUGUCGACAUGGACAUCCAUGGAGUUGGUCAGGCGCCACGCAGAGCCGCGCCAAGGGAGCCUCCGAGGGAGCCGCCGAUGAUCUGGCAUUACCAGGCUUCAGAGCUCAUGCCAGACCACAAAGGGCCGCUGCAUGACCUGCUGCAGAAACAGCCUGCUGUGUUGGGGUCUCUGCAGGUGGUGAGCGGUCUCCUCAGUGUUGGAGUGGGAAUAUGUUUCGCAGUAACCCAGGAGAUGCAACAAUCCUUUGUCACGCUGUUCAGACUUUCCCACCUGACCGGAGUCCUUUGCAUCAUUGCUGGAGUUGUUUCCAACCUGUUGUUCAAAUAUCCAGUAUUACUACCUGUGUCCCUCGUGGUCAACGGCGGCUGUAUUGUUGUAGCUGUAGUUUCAGCUUGUCUGAUCAGUGUGGACCUGGCUUACUGGAGUUCAGAUAAUGAUCAAGUUUGCAGGAUGGAGGUGCUGGAGCUGUGUGUGUUGGGGCUCGAGGUUUUUCUCUCUGCAAUCCUUUGCUUCUGGUUCUUAAAAGAGAAACACGGCAAAUCUCCAUGAUCAACCCAACGAAGAAGACAAUUGAAUACUUCAAAAUAAACUGUAAAUAUAUUUACUACCAGUGGCCUGUAUAUUCGUGUGUAAAAGAAUGACGCAACAGUGUUUGCAGACCGUCAGUCUGUUUUCGUGUGGUCUGCUGUCUCCAUUGCCCAUUAGAGCUGAAACCCUGUUGAGCAGCGCAGUCUGCGGUCUGGUGUUGGACUCGGACUGAGAAAUACGACUUGUGGUAAAUGCAUGUCAGCUUCUCUCAUGUGAAUGUAAGAAGCCACAGCUCAACCUCUGCGUGUCUCUCUGUAACGGUCGCAGUGGGCCUCAUCGUCUGUGUACCGGGGGCGCCUGUGUGGUUUGACACUUUGGAAAUAUCUGCAACGUGUUCUCA